AUGACCCGGGCACAUGAAAUCACAUUAUCAACAUUCUUGGAAUACAUCCUCGAUCACCGCAAAGAGGAGGCAGUAAUGGGACAGUUUGGUCAACUCGAGAAAUUUAUUGCUAGGCUCGCGAGCCGAUGUACGAACCAAGAGCUCGAGCUGGAUCAGGAGCUUUUAACAACCAAGGAGUGGAAGACCAUAUUUGAAUCUGGUUUGUGGAAGGCGGCACAUAUACUUCUACACCAGGAGAUUCUUCGGAUUGCCAAACUUGAUGAGCUCUCGGGUGAUGUUGAGGUGACAGAUAAUACGAAUUCGACGCUGAGCGACCCGGUUAUCCCGACGAGUGCCAUUCAAGAACGGGCGCCACAGACGGUACAAUUACUACGUGAGAUUUGCUAG